UUUUGAUGUACUCAAUAGUGUAGUCCGACAGCAGCUGAUGACUUAAGUCGUUUGGGCGAUGGACGACGUCGAAAUUCAAAAGACAAUGAAAAGGGACAGCAAGUUUGUCUGUUCUAACGCUAGGAUUUUAAUUGUAUGUGUUUUCUCAUCUGUUUGUUCAAUUAGUUGUGUUAUUGUGAUGUGGUUAUCUGUUAACAAAAUUGAACAGAUAAGGAGAGAGUUGCUAACCUUGUCGCAUAGAAGUCCUGAAACAAAUUCUACCAGAGCAGCAGCGGAACAUACAAUCAAGAGUGAUAAUAUACUUCUAAAGGAAGCAAAUGACGAGACAAUGUCAAGCAACCAAAGUCUACAUGGUGAAGAAUUGGGAGGGAGACAUCUAAGAACAAAUAACAGAAUGGAAGAUAUUCAAGGUGGUAUUUUGCAUCUUGAUGCACCUGUACAGCAGCCAAAAGCCAUUCAUUAUGUUCCAACUGGAGUCACAAGAGAUCUUAUCAGUCAAACAUUUACAAACAAUGCAAUGUGUGUAAACAAAUGGCACGGUUUUAUGUGUAGGAAUAAUACAUAUAAGAAUACAGAUUCCAAUCGAAUUAUAGAAUUUUGGGAAAAAGCUCAAUGGACAAAGACACACAAUAGAGAUGUACUUUCACUCGGAAUGAACAAAUCAAGCCCUGGAAUAUUUACAGUGGAAACUGGCGGAUUAUAUCUUUUAUAUCUAAAUGUUCUUAUCAGUGCAACACUUUCUAAACACGACGUUGGAAUAUUUAUAGCAGAUGACAAAAAAUUAGUUUGCCGUGAGAAUUUAGACUAUGUCAGAGGUGCCGCAUCUGUGUCUACUAACUCCAAAGCUAAAACCUGCAGUGUAUCAGGCGUGUUUUACGUCGAGCGAAGUCAAACAAUUACCGUUAAGAUAGUCACCAGGAACACCGAAAUAUACCUGGAUAGCUAUAAUACAAACUUUGGAGCUGUUUUACUUGCAUAAUAAUUUUAAUCUCAACAUAAAAGUGCGAGUCUUUUUUAAUUUUUUUAUUUAUGACUAUA